AUGGAUCCUAGCUUCAGCGAUUGGGAUAGUCUCGCACAACUAUUGACGUAUCAUCUUGACAACCACGACAACCGUGCGAUCGAAUAUCUCUCCACAAAACUGCAGGACUGCGGCAUCUCAGUAGAGUUAGCCGUGCCCUCGACCGACCCUGGGGGCAGGGAUGCCAGAUUAAUAUUCAGCAGAGCUGAAGCUCGUUCCGGGUGCGCAGUCGAUGGGGAACGUGUGUUUGAGUUCCCUCCAUCGCACGCCAAUGAGACUGACGUCGCAUCACUGUGGAACACCUGCAAUCAGCUGGGAGCUUUAGCACCAGCUGUAGAUAUUGAAUCUGGCAGAGGGUAUGGUGAAAUUGAGCUGGCCGCCGAGCUGUGCUACUCCAACCAAAAUGACAGUUCUGUGCGCCAAGAGCCGCUGUUCGAAGGAAUGGACACCUCUACCAUUGGAAUCGACCCCUUAGUUCUUGAAUCCACAUUGCAGGGAAUUGAAUACGACUGGGAUGGUGUUCUAUGGAGAGACAACGACCUCACCCCAAGUCAGUCACCCUCUCUUCUAAUCAGAGAUUUAUCUUCUAACACAAGCCACGCCACGCCUGCCUCGACUCCAUGCUCUUCAGCUUCGAGUAGUUUGAUUGACGAGUCGAUGACGACACGUUGUGGCACGCCGUUAGAACCGGAGCCCGACACUCAGGGGCCAAAACAAACGGAAAUGGCGCGGAAAGCUCGAACCGCAUCAUCUAAAAUUGCAAAGUCUACUCGACGCAGCGGCAAAACUGUCACACAAAUAUUCAGAAAGCCGCAGACCAAACAAAAUCGAACCGAAAGACUCACCGAUGCGCAGUGCUCCCCUGUCUCUAUGCCGAUAGAUUCAUCGUAUGCUGCCGAGCCUGGUGAACUGACCAGACUCACACACCGCUAUGGCAAGGGAUCAGCAUACAAUCUCUCUGAGGCUGUGCUGCUCGAAACGUAUGAUAUGUCUAUAAACGCUCUGCGCAGCGACCUUGUCCCCUUUCUCGAAGAGAGGCUAGAGCGCUGGAAACAAGAGGGCUUUUGGUUCCAAGGACGCCUCCCCAAACCAAGCCUGAAGGGGACAGCUCGCAAGCAGCUUUAUAGCGCCUACUCGUGUAUUUGUAAGCUUGACACCCACAUGGCAGAUGACCAGAUUCGCAACAGAGUCGCCAUGGUCAUGCUCCACACUUCAUACAACCUAGCCUGCCAAGAGUGGAAGAUGUCUGGCUCGCAGAAGCCCAAAGGCAAGGGCCGAGGUGACACAUCAUCCGUCAUUGAUGAUAUUCUGGAAGACAUGCACAGUGACUGGGACGAAAACGACCGGAAGAAGCAUCUCCGAAGUCGCUUCCACGAUAAAAAACGGUUUGGGAAACGCUGGCUCGUGCUAGGCGACGCCGUUGGCAUGGGCAUACUCAUUGCCUGCUCACCAAAGAUCGCUUCUAUUGUGUAA